UUUAAAAGUUGUUGCUGAAUAUAUGUAUAUCUUUUGCAUGCUUUACAGUGAUAUAGUAUUUCGAUUUUGAUACGUACAGUGAAAAGAAAUUAUUUACGUUUUUUUUUUAUUAUAUUAAAAAUAUUAAUCUGCAAUGUUGUUUACGGAACUAAUCGGAGUUUUUAUCAUUAUCCUAAGCAUUGUGUAUAUUUAUUACAAGUAUGUGUUGUUUAAUUUUUGGCGCAAGAAGGGUGUCUUUUAUGUUGAGCCUACUGUACCAGCUGGUAAUUUAACAGCUUAUAUGACUGGAAAAUUGUCAGUAGGUGAACUUUUUCGUGAUGCUUAUUUGAAAUAUAAAAAUCAUCGCGCUUUUGGGAUGUAUACAUUUUUUAAACCAAAUCUUGUGAUUGCCGAUCUCGAUCUUAUUCGAAUAGUAUUAACAAAAGAAUUUGGGAGUUUCCAUGAUCGCGGAAUGUUCUGUAACGAGAAGAUUGAUCCAUUAUCCGGUCACUUAUUUUUACUGUCUGGAAAAAAGUGGCGGAAUUUGCGCGUGAAGUUAACACCUACCUUCACUUCGGGAAAAAUAAAGCAAAUUUUUAUGAUUCUAAAAGAGUGCGGCGAAGAGUUUACAAAAAGUUUGGAGAAUAAAGCUCAGGUUAAAGAUUGUAUCGAGAUAAAAGAAAUAUUUGCAAGGUAUUCAACGGAUAUAAUUAUGUCAACGGCAUUUGGAAUCAAAUCCAACUGUCUAGAACAGCCGGAUAACGAAUUUCGUUACUGGGGAAAAAAAAUCUUUGAAGAGAAACCCUUCUGGAACGCUUUGUUAUUAUUUGCACCUCAAAUAAUGGAUUUUUUUUCCAUUCCAUUUACGGAUAAGGGCAUUACCAACUUUUUUACAAAAAUGUUCCGUGAUAAUGUGGAAUACAGACGAAUUCAUAAUGUCGUCAGACAUGAUUUUAUGAAUCUGUUAAUACAGCUCAUGGAGAAGGGCUAUGUUGAACCUGACGAUGAAGAAAAAGAUAUUACCAACAUAUCAUCUAAUGUCAAUAAACUUACCAUGUUGGAAGCAGCUGCACAAGCUUAUGUCUUCUUUUUGGCUGGUUUUGAAACUUCUGCGACGACAGCAACAUAUUGCCUAUAUGAGUUAGCUCAACAUCAAGAUAUACAAGAUAAAGUCCGUAAGGAAAUUGACGAAACAUUGAAAAAGCAUGGCGAAUUAACUUAUAAUGCUAUAAUUGAAAUGACGUAUCUUCAUAAAGUAAUAAACGAGACUUUGAGAAAAUAUCCACCUGUGCCUGUUUUGAAUCGUAUCUGUACUAAAGAUUUAAAUCUUCCAACAACCAAUAUUCAUGUAUCAGAAGGGACUUUGAUCACUAUACCAGUAUUUGGAUUGCAUCGAGAUCCAUCAAUAUAUCCAAAUCCGGAGAAAUUUGAUCCUGAACGAUUUAAUACGGAUGAGAUAGCAUCUAGACAUCCUUAUGCUUAUUUGCCAUUUGGAGAAGGACCACGAGUCUGCAUCGGUAUGAGGUUUGGCUACAUUCAAACGAAGGUUGGACUUGUGAGUCUUCUAUCAAAGUUCAAAUUUAAACUUCAUCCCCAAACACCUAUUCCACUCAUUUUUGAUGAAGCAGCCAUUGUAUUAUCGGCUAAAAGUGGUGUCCAUCUUAAUAUUGAACAGCGAUAAAAUAAUUGCUCUUUUAUCUGAAUGAAAUAUUUCUACUU